AUGCCAGAAAAUGAACCGGUUCGUCGGUUCGUGCCGCUACCCACCCAAUUUCUUCAAGAAGAAGAACCAAGUGAUAUUGACGAAGAUGAAGAUGAACAGAAUGCAGAGUAUAAUCAGCCUUUGGCUCAUUUUCAACAUCCUUCUGCCCGUUUGGCCUUGACAUCAGCUCAGGACCACCAUGUACAAUCGUUUUCUUCAGGAAGAGGCAUUUCAUCCAAUACAUUUUACGGGAUUUCUCAGCGAAAUUUGAAUUAUGGACAAAACCAUGGUGUUGCAAGUGAUAUGCCUUCAGGACAAACGUUGCGUAACUUUAUGGGUCGUCAUAUUCCAAAAAAUGAUGAUUGCUCUCAAAAUUCAUACGAUUAUCAGGAAGUAUACGAUGAUCCACACCAACUGAUACCUAGUUAUCACGAAUACUCAAUAACAAACUCGCCGACUCAUUCAUUCUCUCCGACAUCUGGUGAUUCUGCCGGAAUGUCGGAAUACUUUAUAUCGAGGGGGGCAUCAACAGCAGUGCGUACUGGUGGAUUAGGAUAUGGAAGUCAUGCUGCUGAACAAGGCGACACAGUUUUCUGUGAACCUCAUCAAAGAUUGCAAGAACCAAAAGUUAUUUCAAAUGAAAGCAAUAGGUAUACCGUUGUUGGGCAUACAGUAGAAGGUCAACCAAUUUAUGCACUACAGUCCGUGAGAACACAGGAUCGUCCAAGAUUACAUCAGGGUUCGUUAUACCGUGUGAUGGAGAGCAGUGCUCAACCUCGUUAUGUGUUUUUACGCCAGCAAGUUGGGCCUGCUCGUCGAACACAAAGAGAUGAUGGUGAUAUUAAUUCAUCCAAUGAAAAUUAUCGCGCUGUGGCGCGUGAAAUUGUUGCAAAAGCUCUCGAAGAUAAGCGUCAAAAACAGCAAUUUUCACAGGAAUCGCAACCAUCCUCUUCAGGUAUCAGUGGCGUUGCAGCGAAACCAAAAAAGAAAAUAGUGACACCAGAUGAGGGAGAAAGUGAGAAAAUAAGCGGUUCAACAGUGGCUGCACAAGUUGCAGCUAUCCAGCGCUUUAGUACACCACUUGGGUGGAAGCAGAUGGGAUCAUGGUUAAAAACUGCUGAAACGAACGAAGAUUGGAGCCGUUUGAAGUUACUACUGAGCCAGUGUUCACAGGCAAAUCUAACGCUGGAGUUGUUGCAAUCAAACGAUACUCCGAAAUUCGUGCGUAAAUUAUCAAAAACCUGUCCUGAUCAAGAUGUGCGCAAAAUAUCUGGUGAUUUGGUGAUACGAUGGAAACGCUUAGUAUCCGCGCCACCUCAUAAAGUACCUGAAGAACUAAAAAAAGUCGGUUCUGCAAAGCGUAAAACACCUCAUCCGGCAUCGGGGGGUGCCAGCAAGGCAAAGGCCAUGAAAGAUAAUCUGGAUUCUACAAAAACUGUUGAGAAAGAAGCACAAUUAGAUGGAAGCAAACAAAAAGACGUUUCUGGAAAUAAAGUGGAGUCUAGUAAAAAGUCUACAAGCAUCGAAAAUUCUGAAAAAGCAUCUCCCAAGGCCGAAAAGCCCAUGAAGCCUUCAUCUUCCAAAAGUAAAGUAGAAAAAGCCGAAAAAUUAAGUGAGUCGGCGAAGGCUUCGUCGAAUAAACUUAAUGAAUUCAAUAUGUUCGAGAAACUGGGUGAGGAAAGGAAAGAAAAGAAGCGACGUCCAAAAACAGCCAAAACCUAUACUUCGAAAUUUCGUUCAACAGGAUUAGAGGGUGAUGAUGAACUUGCGACAGGUAAAAGUGGUGCUAGCACAGUGGUGGCGUCAAAAAAGAAAGGAAGUUUACCUAGUAAAGCGUUACUAGAUGCCAAGAAACGUACCGCUGUUCCAGCCAGUAUGCCAAAAGUAUCAGCGGUUAAUGUUUCACCUCCUGUAUCAUCCGUACCGUUUUCCGAUAAAAAAACUGCAUCAAAUGCUCCUGCAAGAGUUAUGAUGAGCAACACAUUUAUGGAUGCUUUGAUGGAUCCAGGUCAUAAGAAAGCGCCUCCAAAACAAGCGAGAAAACGACCGGCGUUAAAUUUGAAACCAUCGACAUCUGUUAUACCAAGUGUUAUGGAAGGAUUAUAUAGUGAUACUUCAAAAUCACUUAAUAAAGAGAAACAGGACGAGGGAUCGGUAGAGGGAAAAAAAGAAUUAGUGGUGGAGGAACCAGACAUUAUACCAAUUGGUAAUCGAAAGAUACGUUUUGCUGAUGAAAGCGGACAGGAACUUGUUGAAAUUCGCUAUUUUGAGAUAGAAGAGGGUGAAAGAUUGAAUGUCAGCAAGUUAUCGUCGGAAGAUAUGAAACAUCUAGAAAUGCAACGUGAACGAACGUUUAUGAAAGAACAACGCAGCCUCCAUAUAACUGAAUUUGGCUUUAAUUCUAGUCGUUUGGAAGGAAUCACUCAUAUCCCAUGGAAACUUAUACCGCUUACGGAUGCUAUAUUUUUUGAACGUCGAGGUUCGCAGAGUGAGGCGAAAAAAAUCGAGGAAGAACGGCAGAAAACUAUUAUGAUGCCAUUUUAUGAUCCCUCUUUGCCAGCCGAAUUGGCAGAUGCUGAACCAGAGUUGCUGACUGGCGCUAUAUUACCACCGACCGAAAUACCCUUGGAAUCUGAAGCCGAUGAUGAAGAUAUUAAUCAAGAUGUUACUCGAGCUUUCGGAAAUGUCACUAACGCUACUGGAGCUUUAGCGGGUCACAGUCGGAAUGACGGGAAAGAAAUAGACGUUCAAAAAUUAAUGACUGAAUUGAAAAAGAAGGGCCUUGUUGGUUCAAGUUCAGAUUUGGCAAGUAUACUCAAUAAAGUAUCUUCAACUACUGCUACUAUUGCUGGCACUACAGCAACAUCAGCUCCUUCCGCGUCGCAACUCGCUGUAGCGACAACUCCAACUUAUGCCCAGUUAACAUCACAUUCUGGCGUUCCAAACAUCCCGAAUAUAUCCUUACCGCCACCCCGUUUUGCUCAUGGGCUUCCGAUGCCACCUGUCUUAUCGGCUGGUCAGUAUAUACUUCCGGUCCAGCAACAGCAGCCUCUUCUGAAUGGUCCAGUUCCAGCCGGAGUUAUACCAACAGUAGGUGUGGAUUUGACUACUCAGAGUGGUCCAUCUACAUCUGAAGCACCAUCUUAUGGUGCUUAUGGCCGUUCUGCAAUCAAACAAUGCACAUUUUAUCAAUCCGGUACAUGUAGUUAUGGUAUGAGAUGCAGAUUUGGCCAUGGUGAUGAGCCAACUGCGGGUACCCAAGGAUAUGGUUACAGCGAUGAGCGAGGACGAAGCUUUAGACGCGGUGGUCAGCCGUUUAGAGGUGGCCCACGUCGAGGUGGAGCGGAUAGUGGGUACAGGCGGGGCCGUGGUGGUCCUUCAUUAGGUCGUCGAGGGUUUUAUGAACGCGAUAGGGAAAGAGAUCGUGAUAGGGAACGGGAAUAUGACUAUGAUCGUCGUGUAUAUGAUCGUUAUGGAAGGCGACGCAGAAGGAGUUCGUCGAGAUCAAGAAGUAGAAGCCGAUCGAGGUCAAGGUCAGUUAGUCCUUUCGAAAGACGGCCAUAUUCACCUGAUCGUCGUAGACGUGUCAGUCCGCGUGCCAUGCAUGAAUGCGAGCAGGAAGAAUAUUUCGAGAAACGGUCGAGGGGCGACGAUCGAGAACGAAGUGACCAACAUAUUGUCGGUGUUGAAAAUCAGCUGACUGAUGUAAAACCACAAUUGCAAGAACAUCACCCUACAACAGAGGGGCAACGUGUCGUGGAAGGAAAUGAUAGUCUUAAGGCCAUGGAAUCAGUGGCAAGCGCCGAUCAGAGGAAAUCACCACCUGAAGAUCCAAUACCGUCGACGAAACCAGCCGACGGUGUUCGAGUUAAUGAUUCUCCUGCAAGUCCAACUUAGAAUAGGGUGAAAAUAUGUCGUGGAAGUGGUGAUAUAUUUGAUAAUUGUGUUGCAUAUUUUUGAAAUUUGUACCAGAAGUGUGGAUUUUUAUGUGCUUGUGUUAUAUAGGUAUAUCUCUUUUCAAAACGUGUUAAUUAAUGUCUUUACUUAGUUGAAUUGAAUUUCA